AGGACGCUGUAGUAGAAGUAAACACGUGUAAAUUCGAAUACUGUAUUUGAUUCUCAUUGAGUAUUUAAAUGUCUUAAAUACUGGCGUAGCCAAUUAAAUUUAAUAAUGCAAUGGUGUAGAACGUGAAAGUUCUUUAAAAAUCUACUUGCAGCCAUCCAAAACAUAACGAAAAUGACGAAUUAAAAGUUAAUUUAGUAUAUAUAAAUGGAACAAACUCUAGAAAAUUGCAACAUAUCUUGCUGAUAAUUAUCUCUGUAGCGUUUUUCUUACAAUUUUAUAUACUAGGAGUUUUAAUAAAAUAACCAAAAUGGCAAGUGUAAUAGAAAGUCUUAAAGUCAAAGAUGUAAGAUUUCCCACAUCUCUUUCCUCAGAUGGAAGUGAUGCAAUGCAUAAAGAUCCAGACUAUUCUUGUGCCUAUGUGAUAUUGAGUACAGAUACAAAAUUAGAAGGACAUGGCUUUACUUUUACUUUGGGUAAAGCUACAGAAGUAGUUGCAUGCUGUAUUAAUGCCUUAACUCCAAUUGUUGUUGGAAGAAAUUUGAAUCAUAUAUUUUCAAAUUUUGCUGGAUUCUGGAGAGAAAUUACUAGUGAAAGUCAGAUGAGAUGGAUAGGACCAGAAAAGGGUGUUAUUCAUCUAGCUACUGCAGCUAUAGUGAAUGCUAUAUGGGAUUUAUGGGCUAAAAUAGAGGAGAAACCAUUAUGGAAAUUAUUAGUUGAUAUGGAACCAGAAAAACUUGUCUCUACAAUUGAUUUCAGAUACAUAACAGAUGUUAUAACCAAAGAAGAAGCUAUAGCUAUGUUAAAAGCUCAGUAUGAUUCUAGAAAACAAAGAGUUCCUGGACAAUUAGGAGCUAAUUACUAUCCUUCUUCAUUGCCUUUCAAAAUUUCUAAGGAAUUUGAAAUAGGACCAGAAAAGGGUGUUAUUCAUCUAGCUACUGCAGCUAUAGUGAAUGCUAUAUGGGAUUUAUGGGCUAAAAUAGAGGAGAAACCAUUAUGGAAAUUAUUAGUUGAUAUGGAACCAGAAAAACUUGUCUCUACAAUUGAUUUCAGAUACAUAACAGAUGUUAUAACCAAAGAAGAAGCUAUAGCUAUGUUAAAAGCUCAGUAUGAUUCUAGAAAACAAAGAGUUCCUGGACAAUUAGGAGCUAAUUACUAUCCUUCUUCAUUGCCUUUCAAAAUUUCUAAGGAAUUUGAAAUGGUUGAUGCCAACCAAUGUUGGGAUGUUAAUGAAGCAAUUAAUUGGAUGAAACAACUAAAAGAAUUUAAUCUUUUAUGGAUUGAAGAACCAACAAGUCCUGAUGACAUUUUAGGACAUGCCACUAUAGCUAAGGCAUUAAAUCCAUUGAAAAUUGGUGUAGCAACAGGUGAACAUUGUCAAAACAGGGUAAUGUUUAAACAGUUUAUGCAGGCAGGAGCCUUACAAUUCUGUCAGAUUGAUUGCUGCAGAUUGGGUGGUGUUAACGAAGUAAUAGCAGUCUAUAUUAUGGCUGCAAAAUUUGGAAUUCCGGUAUGUCCUCAUGCAGGAGGUGUAGGUCUCUGUGAACUAGUUCAGCAUGUUGCAAUGUGGGAUUAUAUUUGCUUGAGUGGAAAUUUAGAAAAUAGGAUGAUUGAAUAUGUGGAUCAUCUACAUGAACAUUUCAAGGCUCCUAUAAAAGUGAAGGAUGCUAAUUAUUUAGUUCCUAAGGAACCAGGUUACAGUGCCGAGAUGAAAAAGGAUUCUUUAGAAAUGUACGAGUAUCCCACUGGUGCAAAAUGGAUGGAAUUACUUUCCAAAAAAUCAAAUUAAUUGAAAUUGUUUAUAAAAAGAUGUGUAUGUCUAGUCUGGAAGAGAAAAUAAGAAAUAUAUAUUCACUAGACAUUAAAUUAAAUUUAAUGAACAACACAUAAAUAAAGUAGAUUCACAAUCACAAGUGUUAUGAAUUUG